AUGGCCAGCCGUGCAGCCCAGAAGCGCGUAGGUUUGACACGCGAGUACAAAAGCAUUACGGAAAACCCGCCACCAUACAUCACAGCACAUCCGUCGGAGUCAAACAUAUUGGAAUGGCACUACAUCAUCACCGGCCCCGAAAACACGCCGUACCACGGAGGUCAAUAUUGGGGCACCCUCAUAUUCCCGCCAAACUACCCGUUUGCGCCGCCGGCGAUCCGAAUGCACACCCCUUCCGGUAGAUUCCAGCCAUCAAGUCGGCUGUGUCUAUCCAUCUCAGACUUCCACCCGCGAUCGUUCAACCCGGCCUGGGAGGUCUCGACCAUCCUGAUAGGCUUGCUCUCGUUCAUGACGUCGGAAGAGAUGACGACAGGUUCGGUGUCGGCCAGCGAGGCGGAGCGGAAAUACCAUGCGGCACGUUCACGAUGGUGGAACUCGACCGGUGGCGGGUCGCAUCUCAAGGCUGAUCACAGCUCGGGCAAACACAACGUCAAGGCUGGCGACGGCGGGGCCAAGUUCAAGUCUGAGUGGCCCGAGAUCGACCAGGAGAACUGGAAGUGGAUGCGCGAAAACAAGAUCGAUCCGGCGACGGGGAACAAGAUCGUGGAGAACGGCGGCCCUUCUUCAUGCGGGCCGCAGCUCGGCAUCGCUGCUAAGAGUGGUCACCAGGCCCACGCGGUGGUGGACGCGGUAAUCCAGCAGAGGGAUGCCGGGCAGGGUUGGCUGUUUCGGAACAAGCUAUUGCUUGCAAGUGGGGUCAUCUUCAUUUAUGUUUUGAUCGCUCGGCUUCUCGGAGAGGGUAGCUCGUAAGCACUACUCGAGAGCAUGAGUUGCAUCUGCGGUUCUGGCAUCGGUGAAGAAUGGAAGCACUACUCCGUCUGAUCGCCAGAGCUGGCGCCAGCCUUCGGAGGAACUUCUAGCGCGGGGUAGGGAGUUCUUCACGGGGCGUUUGGGAUACACUCGCGGGCUGUGCUUGGCUUUGUGGUCGCGUCGCUGGGUUUUUUCUAAUUGAUGGCUUUGGUCUAGCCCUGGGUACGAUACCUCUGAAACUGCUCGACACUUUUCGACGCGGGAGAU